AUGUCGUCAAAUCACCAACCUCAUCUAUCGAUUAAUUCGAUACAAUCCCUGAUAGAACCGGUUACACCGCCUUCACUAGGACAGAUGAACAAUAAGAAAAAUCAUCAAAAAACGCACUCUUUAGAUCUGUCGGUGUUUAAUCAAUUCAUCACAUCCAAUACACCCAUAGAUUCAUUAGGAACAUCUAGCUCUUCAACUCAAACCUCUCCCUUAGGUUUACUUCAAAAAGAUUUACAGCAAAAGCAACAAUUACAAGGAUAUUCCCAAGCAGCGUCUCUCGGACUUUUGAAUGGUCAUUCCCAUAAUAUAACACCAAACUUACCUCUGAUUGAUGAAUUUGAUAUAUCUUUUGAUGUUACUAAUGCUGUCGAUAAUUUAGCAGAUAACUCAAAUGUUCUAGAACCACAUCUUAAUUCAGUGGCCCCGGUAAACCAAGUUAAUAUAACUGUAUCACCACUUGUACCUGAAAUGGAAUCAAUGACACUUGCUGAUAACAAAAAAUUAAACAGUUCUAGUAUGGAUAAACAGAGAACCGUUUCACAUAGCAGGCAAGGGAAGGAUGAAAAAAUGAAAGGUAAGAAAACGCCUCAAAAUAAUAGAUCAAAUAACCAAACUAAAGCCAAAUAUACCAAUAAAUUGAAUGAUGUAGAAACUGAUUCAAUUAAUAUGACAGAUAUAUCAAAUACACCACUUAAGGAGCUUGAUUAUGUUAAAUUGGCAACAGAUCAAUUUGGGUGUAGGUUUUUGCAAAAGAAGUUGGAGACUCCGUCAGAAUCAAAUUUAGUCAGAGAUCUUAUGUAUGAUCAAAUCAAACCUUAUUUUCUUGAGCUCAUUCUAGAUCCGUUCGGAAACUAUUUGAUUCAAAAACUUUGUGAUUUUCUAACUCCUGAUCAAAGAACGGCUUUGAUCGAGGCAAUUUAUCCUAAUGUGUUCCAAAUAUCCAUAAAUCAAUAUGGUACGAGAUCUCUUCAAAAAAUUAUCGACACUGUAGAUGAUGAACAGCAAAUUAACCUGAUUGUGAAGGGGUUUUCGAACGAAUACACAUCGAUCAGACAAGUAGUCACACUGAUCAACGAUUUAAAUGGGAACCAUGUAAUUCAAAAGUGUAUUUUCAAGUUUCCUGCUUCCAAAUUUGAUUUUAUUAUUGCGGCCAUCAUUGAUCAGAAUAAUAUAAUUGCUAUCUCUACUCACAAACAUGGCUGCUGUGUGCUACAGAAGCUUCUCAGUGUCUGUACUCUUCAACAAACUUUCAAAAUAUCUGUUAAGAUUGUACAGUUUUUGCCAAAUCUAAUUAACGAUCAGUUUGGUAAUUACAUUAUCCAAUUCCUGCUAGAUAUUGAAGAACUUGACUUCUAUAUGUUGGCUGAAUUCUAUAACAGACUUUCUGGGGAAAUAUGCCAAUUGUCAUGUUUAAAAUUCUCUUCGAACGUAGUAGAGAAAUUCAUGAAAAAAUUAUUCUCAAUCAUUUCCAAGGUUAUUGAUUUGUACACCGAAAAUACCGAAAAAUAUAGAAACUCUGGUGUGUUAGAGAGCUUGAUUUUACCUCCUACUAUAACAGAAGAUAUAUUUAAUGCCGCAGUGUGCAUUUUGAUAAAAAUGGUUGAUGUUUUUACUAUGAAGCUGAAUCUUCUUAUUAGAGACAACUUUGGGAAUUACGCUCUUCAAACAUUACUUGAUAUCAAGAAUUAUGGAAAGAUUAUAUCUUUCUAUAGCACAAUUAAUAAAGAGAAGUUUCAAUUGGAAAGUGACUUUAACAAGAAUAUCUGCAACAAUUUGUCUCAACUUUCUACUGAUUUUGGAAGUAAGAUAAGCAACCUUGUCAUACUGACCAAAGAAUUGUUACCUAGCAUUAAAACAACAUCAUAUGCAAAGAAAAUCAAGCUUAAAGUGAAAGCAUAUGCUGAGUUUACAGGGGUUCCUUUUACUGAACUAACAUCUAAAAAGCAGUUACACUCAGAUGCUCAAAGCUCAAAAACCCCACCAAACAAUAGAAGUAACAGAGUUUACUCUUCAGAUGUCAAUAAUAUUGAUAGCAAAAGUUCUGUCUACGCCAAACAACAUGCCAGACAUUAUUCUUUACCAUCCAACACAUUCAAUGGAAGAUCUACAAAUACCUUACCUAAUACUCUCUACAAUUAUCCACCUCCAACUAUGCUGCAAAAUAUGAAUGAAAAUCCAUAUAACAAUGACAUGUUUGGUAAGCAACAUAAUAUUCAAAGUGCAACUGGGUAUGGCUCAAAUAGAUAUGUUGGUGGCCCCCUCUUAGGAAAUAUUUCCCAGUACCCUCAGAUACCGUUUAUACCACCAAUUGAACAGUCUCAGCAAAAUAUCCCAACAAGCUUUAACACUAUGACUCCUACAAUCCCAGGCAUGGUAGGUAGACAAGGAAGUUCAUCACAAUCCUCAGUUUAUAUGAUGAAUGAUAAUUGUGCCAGUGGAGGAAGUAGCAGCAGCACGUUAUAUCCUAAUGGUAUGAUUGGGUCUUUUAGUGAUGUAAACCCAAAUCAACAGCCUGUUAGGUUCAAAGGUUCUGUUUAUCCCUCCGAAGUUAUAGAUAAUAGUCGCCAACAGCGAAUCGUAAGUAGCCCUUAUCCACAAUACGGUUUUGCUAAUGAAGCUUUGGGAAAUCAAAAAAACUUUGGAAACACAAAUGACAACAACGAUGAAGCAAAGUUUGGUUUUGGCUUUCAUUGA